AAUCAUGCGACGACAGAUGCAAAUCACGCGCCCAUGCACUUCCACCAGCGGCCGACCUGUCCUCGGCGGCCUGGCCACGCGUUCAGGGCGACCCAAUUUGCAGUGUAAGAGGCGCGAAUGCUCCAUAGUAGUAUAUGCGAGCAUUCAGAGCCCUGCGGAGCUUGAGCAGCGCCUGCGGUUGGAGGCACUAACGCCGGCAGUGAUUCUUGUGGAGCCGCAGUUCGGGGAAAACAUCGGCGCAGCGGCACGUGCCAUGAAGAACUUCGGGCUCCAUGACCUUCGAGUGGUGCGGCCGCGGGACGGCUGGCCUAAUCCCCUGGCCGUGGCCACCUCCUCCCAUGCAGCAGACUUGCUUGAAGCUGCGCGGUUGUACGACAGCGUUGAGGCGGCCAUUGCGGAUCUGGAUCGAGUGUACGCCGCCACGGCACGCACACGGUUCAUGCACAAGCCCUUUGUCACGAGCAAGCAGGUGGCAGGGGACAUUUGCAGCGGGCUGGUGCCGGUGGCCCUCGCGGCGGCAGCGACAGCGGCAGCGGAGGGGCCGGCGGAUGCGACUGAUGUGGCUGCCCGCAUGCCGCGCGCCGGACUCAUGUUCGGGCGAGAGAGCAGCGGCCUGACCAAUGAAGAGGUGGCGCUUGCAAACAAGGUGCUAACGAUCGAAGCAAACCCAGUGUACCCAGUCCUCAACCUGGCCCAGGCCAUCGUGUGUGUGUCUUACGAGCUGUUCCACGCGCGCGCCUAUGGCCCAGAGGGCACGGACGCGGCAGCCAGUGCCGCUGCAGCAUCGUCAUCAGCGCAAUCAACGCAAUCACCUCUCACCGGCAAUGGAGGCAGCACGUCAGGGACGCCCCUGCCCGCAUCUGCCAGCGGCGUGGCCCCCGGCGAGACUUCGGCGUCUUUAGCGAGUGCCACGACCUCUGUGACGGCUGCAUGGCCGGCAGUAGCAAGCAGCGCCGAGGACUUGCGGCGGCGGGCGGCAGGCGCCGCGGCGCAGCAGCAGCUGCAGCCGGCGCCGCGAGGGGACCUCGACAAUUUUGUGAGGCGGCUGGUGGGAGCGCUGGACGAGUCAGGGUUCUUUGAGAGCACGGACAAGCGUCCCGCCACAGAGCUGUCCAUCCGCAACCUCGCCUCCAAGGUGGAGGGCCUCACCCGCGGCGAGGUGGCGCUGCUGCACGGCAUGCUAUCCAAGCUCACGGCCGCGGCGGAGGUCACCGCCGCCAGGCGCAGGGCGGAGAAGGCAGCAAGGGCCGAGGCGGCAGCGGCAGCGGCGGCGGCCGAGGCGGGGGCAGCGCAAGAGGCGGGCGAGGACGCCGCUGCGGGUGGGCAGUAGUAGGGGGUUGAGCCUGGGGCGCGCUACUCGGCGGAUGGCGCACAGUCCACGAUAUGUGCCGUACGGUGAACGUGGUAGUUGUAAGCGGCCUCAGACGUGCAUGUAGGGAACGUCCCGCAUGCGCUGAUGCGCAUCAUGUACUGCAGCUCUGCCACGGCCAUCAUGCAAUGCUGCAUUUUUACCCGCUGUGAGGUCGCUCGCGCCCAACGUCUGCUUGGGGGGUUCGGCGGUCGCGGGUAGCGGCGGGAGGCUACGUGGUGUGGUGAGGGAGAGCUGUUGUCAUGUGUUGUCUGCGCACAUGUGCGUACGGGGAAUGCCGGUUGGCCUGGACUGGUAGCCAGCUUGUAUCGUCGCUAACGGCGCGUCACUUACGGCGUGGCUGGCUUGGGUGAAUGACAGCUGAUUGUGCGUUGACAUGCACACGGUUGCUCCGACUCCAAGAAAGUGGACCUUAGUUGUGCUCACAGUGUAGGGCCUGAUUGGUAUGCUGUGCAUCACCUGCGGCGAGGUGGCCGAGCGGUCUAAGGCGCUAGUUUCAGGCACUAGUCGGUUCAUCCGACGGAAGCUACUAGUCCGAAAGGGCGUGAGUUCAAAUCUCACCCUCGUCAGCUUUUGCUUUUUGCACAAGGGGGGUCGCUUUUUCCACGGCGAAUCUGCGCGUACCCU